ACGAUUGUUUGAGAAGCGGGAUGGGUUAGAAUAUCAGAGCAUUGGAGCUGAGAAAGUGAACUCAAUGGUUAGCACUGCAGCCUCACAGCACCAGACUCCAGCCUCGGGUGGCUGGCUGUGUGCAGGUUUGCACAUUCUCCUCGUGUCUGCGUGGGUUUCCUCCCACAGCCCUAGGAUGUGCAGGUCAGCUGAAUUGGCCAUGCUAAAUUGCCCAUAGUGUUAGGUGCAUUACUUAGAGGGAAAAGGGGUUUGGGUGGGUUACCCUUCGGAGGGUCGGUGUGGACCUGUUUCUACACUGUAGGGAAUCUUAUCUAAUCUACAAAUAAUGUCAGACGGGAAAGUUGCAAAGUGUAAGUAAUUAAAGAGGAGAAAGGUGGUGAGGAGCAGCUGUAUCAAUUCCAGAUCAUAACAAUUGCUGGACACUGCCCUCCCAUUCAGUAUACAUAUGACUGUUAAACACUUGUGUGUUUUCCCCACCCCAAGCCCAUAACCCUGUAUGGCACCAGUUUUCUGAAACGUAUCCAUCCCCACCUUAAACAUACUCAGAGGCUGAGCCUUCACAAUCUUCAAUGAUAGAGAAUUCUGAAAGUUCACAAUUUUCAAAGGUUCUGAUUUCUGUCACCGUAGAAUUGUAAGGCAUUUCUUGAAAUGGAAAACUACCAAAAAUCGAAGAUCACAGAACUCCCUUGUCCACUACCAGUUGCCAAUCUUCGAAAAGAUAUUAUUGAAAUGAAGGUGAAGGAAGGUAGCAAAAUCCGAAAUCUCAUGGGAUACGCUAUUGGAAAGAUGGAAUCAGACAAUAUCAGAGAGAUCCUUUUCACCGGCACUGGGAAGGCUGUCAGCAAAGCAAUCACCUGUGUGGAGAUCAUGAAGAGAAGAUUAAAAGGCCUCCAUCAAAUUACCAAAUUGUUUUAUAAACAGGUUGAGGAACUCUGGGAGCCUGUUGUUUCAGAGGCAGGGUUAGAUAGCUUAACUGUGAAAAGAAACCUUCCUGCUAUUUGCAUUCUAUUGUCUAAAGACAUUCUGCAUACAAAUGAGCCUGGCUACCAAGCUCCUGGGUCCUUUGAUGCUUUGUGGAUACAUUCCUUAAAAGAGGAGGGUCAGGUUCAAAGGAAAAAAAGACAGGGGGGAGAUGGGCUGGGGAAAGGGGGUAAGCAUCAUGGUGGAUCUGGAAGAGGAGAAAGGCCUAAAAAGUCCAAAAGCUGAGGUGCUGGGAAUACAAAAAAAAAUUAGAAGGAUGCUGUUGAUAAUACAUGAUGUUCUAUUUGUUUAUCAAAUUAAAAAAUUUUGGAAAUA